AUGAACACGAAAAUUUUCAAGAUCGUUACCAAUUCUAGUAAUAACAAUGACAACAAGAAAGCUUCAAAACUUUCUCGAUUUCGAUCACAUUCUCGUAUUGUUCAAAAUUUUGUUCUUGUUUGGCUAGAUCCAAAUAUUGAUGGUAAACUUAAUGAUGAACAUCGUGAAAUUGUCAAUCAAGUACGAUCUAUUGUUAGUAACGUUAAAAUAUAUAGUGAUGUCGAUAAAUGUGCUAAUUUUCUGGAUAAAAUAAAAAAUGAAAAAGUUUUCAUGAUUGUAUCCGGUGCUCUUGGUCAACAUGCUUUACCUCGUAUUCAUCAUAUACCAAAACUCGAUUCAAUUUAUGUCUUUUGUGGACUAAGAUCGCACCAUGAACCAUGGGCCCAAAAGUGGACAAAAAUCAAAGGUGUUUUUACACAAAUUACACCUAUCUGCGAUUCGUUAAAACAAACUAUACAAAAAUUUGAACAAAAUUUUCUUUCUCUAAGCUUUGUUACACCAUCGAAUGUAUCGGAUCAAAAUCUUGAUCAACUCGAUCAAUCAUUUAUGUAUACACAAAUACUUAAAGAGAUUUUACUUGAAAUUAAAUACAAUGAUCAAUCCGUUAAAGAUUUAGUUUGCUAUUGUAACGAGCAACAUGGUAGCAACGAGGAAGAAUUAGAUUUCAUUAAAAAAUUUGCCGAAGAUUAUAGUAAGCAUUCGCCUGUUUAUUGGUAUACUCAUCCGGGUUUUAUUCAUUCUAUGGUCAAUCAAGCUUUGCGUACUCAUGAGGUCGAUACAAUUAUUAAAAUGGGCUUUUUCAUUCAAGAUCUACAUGAAGAAAUCAACAAACUUCAUACGAAACAAGCGAACAAUCAAGAUAAACAAUCGUUUGUUGUUUAUCGUGGUCAAGGUUUGUCCAAGGAAGAAUUUGAAACUUUACUCAAAGCAAAAGGAGGACUCGUGUCGUUCAAUAGUUUUUUAUCAACUAGUAAAAAUCGAGAAGUAUCGUUAGAAUUCGCGCAAGAUGCAUUAAAUGAUCUUGAACUAGUCGGUGUUCUUUUCAAAAUGGUGAUUGACCCAUCUGAAUUGGCCACUCCUUAUGCAUUUAUCGAUGAUGAUAGCUAUUUUAGAAACGAAGAAGAAGUUCUAUUUUCAAUGCAUACUGUUUUUCGCAUUGGUGAAAUUAAACAGAUUCAAAAAACGAAUCGGCUCUACCAAGUUAUACUGACAUUAACUAAUAGUCGAAAUAAACAAUUGAGUGCUCUCACUGAAUUAUUUCGAGAUGAAACUCGAGGAUCAACAGGAUGGCAUCGAUUGGGCAUGUUACUGAUUAAAUUAGGCAAAUUUGACAAGGCCGAACAAGUCUAUAGAGCAGUGUUCGGCCUCAACACAGAUGACAACGAAAAGGCUCUGCUUUGUCAUCAACUUGGAUUAAUCAAGCGUAAUCAAGGGGAAUACUCAGAGGCACUUUCAUUGUAUAAACAAACUCUUGAUAUUUAUCAAAAGAUUCGAUCAUCUGAUGAUCUCGAUUUAGCUACUACGUAUAAUAAUAUUGGUCAAGUAUAUUAUAAUGUGGGCGACUAUACAGAAGCGCUUUCAUAUUAUGAAAAAUCUCUAGAAAUCUACAAACAGAAUUUAUCUGAAGACCACCCUACGUUAGCAAUAUUUUACAACAACAUCGGUUUGGUAUAUAAAAAUAUGGGCGAUUAUACUCGUGCUCUUAAGUCUCAUCAGAAAGCACUUGAAAUUGAAGAAAAUAUGCUUCCUGUAAAUCAUCCGACUCUGGCAACAUCCUAUAAAAAUAUUGGUUUAAUAUAUUAUAAUCUGGGAGAAUAUAUCAAAGCACUUUCAUUUCAUGAAAAAGCAUGUGACAUUGAACACAAGACAAUACCUGCAAAUCAUCCAUCGUUAGCUAUUUCAUAUAAUAACAUCGGUUUGGUUUAUGAUAAUAUGGGUGAAUACAGUAAAGCACUUUCAUUCUAUGAGAAAGCACUCGCAAUUUAUCAAGAAAUUCUUUCUGAAAAUCAUCCUGACUUCGCUAUGUGUUACAACAACAUCGGUUCAGUGUAUAAAAAUAUGGGUGAAUAUUCAAAAGCACUUGUUUUUUACAAGAGAGCAUUAGAUAUUGAAGAAAAAAUACUUACAUCAAAUCAUCCUUCGUUGGCUAUUUCCUACAGUAAUAUUGGCAAUGUCUACGACCACAUAGGUGAACACACGACAGCACUUUCAUCGCAUGAGAAAGCACUUGAAAUCUGUAAAAAAACACUUUCAUCGAAACAUCCUCUAUUAGCAAUGUCCUACAAUAAUAUCGGUUCGGUAUACGGCAACAUGGGCGAUUACAAGACUGCUCUUACAUAUUAUAAAAACUCAAUUGAAAUCGAGCAAGAAAUUCUGCCCUCUAAUCAUCCCGAUUUGGCUACAUCCUACAAUAAUAUCGGGUUAGUAUACGACAAUUUAGACGAGUAUACGGAGGCACUUGUUUCUCAUCAAAAAGCACUAGAAAUCUACGAGAAAUCUCUACCUUCGAAUCAUCCAAAUCUGGCAAAUUCCUAUAACAAUAUUGGUCUAGCUCAUCAGAAAACUCAGGAAUAUUCCAAGGCGCUUGUUUUCUAUCAAAAAGCAUUGGAAAUUCGUCAAAAAACAUUACCAUCGAAUCAUGCCGAUUUGAUUGUUUGUUAUGCAAACAUCAGUAAACUAUAUGAAAUCAUGGGUGAAUAUUCACGAGCACUUUCCUAUUACGAACAGUUCGUUCAAGCAAGAGAUAAAAAAGAUCCAUCAGAUCAUUCAACACCGACAGACGCAUAUAUCAAUAUCGAUCGAAUCACUGAUAGAAAAGAAGAGACGUUGGAAACACAUUUGCCAUCGAAGUCCAUUAGGAUAAUUAAUAAAGAAAAAUUACAUGGAAAACUACCAUGUCGAUCAACUUUGCGGAAAAAAUCUAUAAUACUUAAGAAAGAAGUUGUAAUUUUCAAUUGUAAAUAA